AUGGAAGACCAAAAACCUGGAAAGAGGAUUAACCUCUAUGAAAUUACUGGCGUCCUUGGUAAAGCUUACCGCCAGGCUGCCAGUUUGGGAAAAGGAAUGAAAGGGUUCAGGGCCUGUGGUCUUAUGCCAUGUAACAGGGACAUUUUUGGAGAACAGGACUUGAUCCAGAACCUGCCCUACAGCCUGCUCCACACACCUCCAAGGUUGUACCACCUGCCCAUUCAUGCACUAGGAAAUCAUCGUGACCCUUCUCACAUUGCUUUUGGCAUUGGAGUUUUUUUGCUCGUUGCGUGUUUCUGCAUUUGCUUGCAGUCCUGCUGUGAGGAGUGCUGCAGCAAAGAGGAUCAUUCUGAGACUGACGCUGCUGCUGCAUCUGCACCUGAGUAUGAGGCUGUUGGACCGAGGUCAGAUGAAUUGAGUCAGCCCUCUGGGACACACUACCCCGCUCAGCCUUCUUAUACUCCGACUGGUCCGCUGGUACAUGAUCCUACUGACAAUCCACCACCUUCUUAUUCUGAGGUUGUGGCUUCAGCAGAGCAGGCAGUCGUUCCAUCUGCCCCCGUCUACUCUGACGUUGAGCCGCGGUUUGAGCUGAAGGGGAUGACCUUUCCCUCAGACUCAGCCAGUGUUUAUACCUCAGACAAACUCAACUUCCUCUGAAGGCCUUAAUUUUGAUGGGUAUCCUUGUUGUAAUAUUUGGUGCUUGCAUUAUACAUUCUAGUGUGGAUUAUGAAUGAUGAGUUGUAGAUGUUACAUUGAUAUAUACUGUAGCUAUUUCAGAAACAUGUUCAUUUACUCAGGCAAGUCACACACAUUUCUAAAUGUUUUAAAGAGAGUGAUUGUUUGACAUCUACAAAAAAUAUGAAAUGCACCAGUUGCCUUUUUGCCCUGCAUGUAUCCACUGGAGAGUGGCACCAACGCCUUAACACCGCUGCACUGCGGUCAGUUAACGUAAUUGUGUCAAUACAUUUUUUGUUAUUACACUUUUACUUUUACACACAAGCAAUAAACUGAUUACAGUUGCAAUGUGCCUAUUUUGCAUGUGUCUCCAUUUUAUCAGUCACUCUCACAUGUACACUUCCUCCUUUUUGGAGCUUUAAUGAUUAUUUAUGAAGUAGAUGUUUUUAAUAUAUUUGUUUUAAUGUUUUGGAACUCAUGUUAGAGUUUAUGACUGUUGUGUAAAUAAGGAGUUUCGUUGGUUUUCUGUUGAAACACUAACAAACCUUUAUCAUUGUUAUUAGUCAGACAAAACAGGAAAGGAGGAGGGAUUGCAGCCAUUUUCUCUACACAGUUUGUGUGUAAUGACAUUGACCUGAGUGAAUUUACAUCAUUUGAAUAUCUUGCUCUUCAGCUUAAAGCAGAAUUAUUAGUAUUCAUUAUUACAUUAUAUCGGCCACCAAGAUAUUCAUCAAUAUUUCUACAGGAAUUCUGAGAGCUGAUCUCACUUAGUAUCAAUAGACAUGAUCGAUUAAUCUUGAAUGGAGACCUGAAUAUUCAUAUUAAUAACAAAGAAUGACUCCAAAGCUGUGGAGCUUGUAAAUUUACUGAACAGCUUUGAACUCACCUAACAUGUAAAUAAAGCCACUCAUCAGCAUGGUAACACUCUAGACUUAGUAACAACAACAGGUUUAAACAUUGAUAGUGUUUCAGUAUUACCUCUUUCUGACCAUCACUGUGUGUUUUUGAUGCCAACUUAACCUUAACAAAGACUAAAAGGGAAUUUUUGGUUCAAAAGAGAUUCCUAGAUGACAAGGCUGAAACAAUGUUUUCUAAUAUUAUGAGAUCAUUUGACCCAUUCAGUGAAGACUGCUCUUUAAAUGACAUGGUUGAAUAUUUUAACAACACCUUGUCAUCUGCUUUAAAACUGCUGCUCCACUAAAGGUUAAAAAGGGGUCGACCAACAGAAUCUCCCCAUUGUUAAACAAUAACAGUGUUCACACAGUUCACUCUAAUAUAC